UUCAAGCUCAUGAGUGAGAUUUUGACGUUACGCACGCGGAAACUGUUUAUUUCAAUCGCCUGUUAAUGCUCGUUUUUGAGACGCAUAUAUUUAAGAAAAUAUCUCGUGUUUUUCCGCUUUUUGCAUCUUAUCGUGUGUUUUUUAUUUGUUUUAACCUGUGGCAAUGGGGAAAGCAGAUUUCCUCUCCCCCAAAGCGAUUAGCAAUCGAAUAAAAGCCAAAGGGCUCCAGAAGCUAAGGUGGUAUUGUCAGAUGUGUCAAAAACAGUGCCGUGAUGAGAAUGGCUUCAAAUGUCACUGCAUGUCCGAGUCCCACCAGCGGCAGCUGCUCCUGGCCUCAGAAAACCCAAACAAGUUCAUGGACUACUUCUCUGAUGAGUUCAAAAGUGACUUCUUGGAGCUGCUUAGAAGACGUUUUGGGACCAAGAGAGUUCACAACAAUAUUGUCUACAAUGAAUACAUCAGUCACAGAGAGCACGUCCAUAUGAACUCCACACAGUGGGAAACACUCACUGACUUCACCAAGUGGCUGGGCAGAGAGGGUUUGUGCAAAGUUGAUGAAACCCCUAAAGGCUGGUACAUCCAGUACAUCGAUCGCGACCCGGAGACCAUCCGGCGCCAAGAGGAGCAGGCGAGGAAAAAGAAGCAGGAACUGGAUGAUGAGGAGAGGAGUGCUAGGUUCAUUGAGGAGCAGGUCCGUAGGGGUCGCGAUGGCAAGGAAACUGACGAAGCUUCAGUUUACACAGAGCUAAAACGCGAGAGCGAAGAAGAAAAAGUUGCUUUCAACUUGGGGGCCUCCUCCUCUGUGGCUGGGACCUCUAAGUCAAGUUCUGCCCUGGGUGCUAGCGCCCUGAAAGCAGCGCCGUCAUCAUCCUCGGUCAAAAGGAAAGACACAUCCUCCAGUUCAGACUUCAGAGGGGAAAAGAAGAAGAAAUCUGCUCUGGAGGAGAUCAUUGAGAUGGAGGAGAGGAAGAAGCAGUCGAGCAGAACUGAUUACUGGCUGCAGCCCAACAUUAUAGUCAAAAUCAUCACCAAGAGGCUGGGAGAGAAAUACCACAAGAAAAAGGCCGUCAUCCUGGAAGUGCGAGACAAAUAUGCUGCAGUGGUAAAAAUGGUCGACUCGGGGGACAAAUUGAAACUGGACCAGAAUCACUUGGAAACGGUGAUACCUGCACCAGGUAAACGGGUUUUGAUCCUGAACGGUCCCUACAGAGACACAGAGGCCCUGCUGGACGGGAUCGAUGAGAAACAUUUCAGCGCAACCCUCACACUUGACUCUGGUCAUCAGAAAGGGAAGAGAGUGGGCAUCGCCUAUGAGGAUUUCUCCAAACUGGCCUAAAAAGAAGCUAGCUUAACGUUUUUUAAACAUCAGGCAGUCUUUAGACUGAGGGACUCUACUGUGUAAGAGUUAAUUCCCAGACAUUCACCUGUACAUAUCCCACAAUUCACCUGCCCUAGAAAUCAGGGAAACUUUGAAAAAUGUGUUAAAUUUGUUUAGUUUUUUAAUUUUGUGACAAUAUUCAUGCAAAUGAAAAUUUAAUCCAAAUAAAUUUGACAAAUGUGGCUUCUGUUUUGUGGAAAAUACUGUUUUU